UCGAAGAAGAAGAUGAGCCCCGAGUUGGAAUUCCGCGUUGGAUGACUUCAAAUCGAUUUUUCCAAAUCGGAAACUCGAUUUUUUUCUCAGUUCCCAGUUGUUUGAACGGACUGAAGUCGGAGAUGUCCAAAUUCCCAGUUCCUAGUGUUUUUCAAUGCAGCUGUCGGGAAUGUCAGAUGAUGUUGUCAUAGAUAGUUUUGAAUGUUGAUUCAUAAUUCCACAUAAGAUUGAAAGGUUAAAUUAUAAAAGAUGCCGAGGGUCCCAGCAGUCCUUGAAUAUGAAACACUGACCGAGUGUAAAUACAGCUUCCCUGUUGAGGUUAUCAGUGAUAUCAAGAAUGUUACAGCGACUUAUGGAGACCUACGUAUGUAUGUGGACUUCUACUGUUUCCCCAAUAAGGAAAAGAAGAAGUUAGUUUAUUUGGCUGGUACUAUUCCAGUUCCACAUGACGCAGGUAACACAUAUAAUAUCCCAGUGGGCAUCUGGCUCCACGAGACUCACCCCCAGAGCCGGCCGAGGUGCUACGUGUGUCCCUCCAUCUCCAUGUUGAUCAACCCCAGGUGCCCAUAUGUGGAGGCCAGUGGGCAGGUGCUCCUCGACUGCCUCAACAACUGGAAGAGCGGGCUGGCCAACCUGUCAUUGCUCGUCUCAGAAAUGAGGUCUGCAUUUCAAAAGGAAACGCCCCUCUUCGCCAUGCACCCAAUCAGAGUUCAGAUGCUACCAACUGCAGCACACUCCAGUGCACAUGCAGAGUCUUCGGACCCUGGCAGCUGGUCUCAACCAAGCAGCUCUACCCCGAGAGCCAGGCGCUCCUCAAUGUCCCCCACGCCACUACCUAGAGAAAUAGUUCCGCCCAAGAGUUUAAAGUCCAGCCAAUCGGGGCCUCUCAGAGAGUCUGCGACUGGUGUGAGGCGGUCCUACACAGAGGAGCUACUGGAUAUGGGGAUAGACUUUGGAGUACCAGGGGGAGUCCAGUUUCCCUACUCCUCCACCAACCCCUUCAUCACUACUGCCUCUGCGCCAAAUAACACUCCUGUUAGUUCUGAGGACAUAAACAACCUAUUCAAGAGCCUACACCUGGAAAAUGUUGUCAAUGUGUACCAGCUUGGUACUAAAGAACGAGGACAGACGCAAGGCGAUAGAGGUGAUCGAGGUGGUGGUGACUACCCCCCAAUCCCCACUGCAGUCAUGCCCCUAGUGGACAACCAGCAUCGUAUCCUGGUGAGCCGGCUGCCACCGGACCAGUCCCCCAGCCGUGUGAAGAACAAGCUCACCCUCUACUUCCAGCGCAGGAGCAACGGUGGGGGAGAGGUGCUGGAUGUGACCUACCCUUACCCUCCGACCCAGCCUGACCAGGCCCUGGUCAGCUUCCGCAGUCCCAGAGAUGCAGAGCAGGUGCUCUUACAGGCAGACCGAAUCUUUACUGUGAAUGAGCGGCCUUUCCGUAUACAGCUCAAGAGGGUCAACAGUGCUCAGAUUGCGGUGCCGCCCGGCGUCUCCAGCGACAAGGCGGCCAUCUUCCAUAGCCUGCUGUCACUUGAGGGGCGGAGCUUCAGUCAGGCCGACGUGGAGGAGGCGGUGCAGUCGUGCCGGGACCUUCCCUCGGCCCUCAAGUACCUGUCCCAUGAAUGCCCCAUCUGCCGCGAGCAGGUGUCCUUCAGCAAGAUCAUCACUAUGACCCAUUGCCCGUGUGCCUUCUGCGAGAGCUGCUUCAAGGCCUACUUCUCCCAGGCCAUCAAGGAGAAGAGCAUCGUCCAUGUGGUGUGUCCCCUGUGUGGCCAGCCCGACAUGCAUCAGAGCCAGGGAGGCGUGGAGGAGGCCUUGGACUACUUCAGCCUUCUGGACACACAGAUCAGGCACUACCUAGAUCCUCAGAUCCACGAGUUGUUCCAGAGGAAGCUGAGAGACCGAGCCUUGCAGGAGAUGCCCAACUUCCGCUGGUGUGCCCACUGCUCCUUUGGCCUUCUACAUGAGGCUGACCAGCUGAGAAUGGACUGUCCUAGUUGUAGGAAGAGCACCUGCUCCCAAUGCAAGACUGCAUGGGCUCCACAACACCAGGGUCUUUCCUGUGAGAAGUUCAGAGAGUGGCAACUCCACAAUAACCCAGAGUACCAGACCGCAAAACUGGAGAAUCUCCUCAGCAGGAAUAAAAUAGAAUGUCCAAAAUGCAAGUUUGUGUUCUACCUUUCCAAGGGAGGAUGUCUCCAUUUCAAAUGCACCCAAUGCCAGCACGAGUUCUGUGGCGGCUGUAAUAGGCCCUUCAAAUUAGGCGCGGGGUGUGACUUCUCGGCUGAGUGUGGGUCCAAGGGGUUACAUGCCCACCACCCCAGGGACUGCCUGUACCACCUGAGGGACUGGAACGUGCCCAGACUACACAGGCUGCUUCAGCUUUACGGAGUGUCCCUCGCUGGCAUGGUCAAAUCCAAAGAGGGCUCUACAGGAACAAACUCCCAAGGUGUGUGUGCAGUCCUGGAGCACAGAGAGAUGGGUGGAGAUGGGCCUUGUGGUAUACCAACUCUCCCAGAGUACAGUGGCUACUGCGUCUUACACUAUAAAGAGUGUCUAGUGGAGCUAAUCAACCGGAGUCACGCGGAUCCAGCCGUUCUGUUCGAUGUGGCCGAGAUGUUGGCCGAGUUACAGCGGUGGCACAUUCCUGUUCCACAGAAGAACCUUCAGGAUCCUGACGCACUCUAUGUACAGCACCUUAGACAGACCCUGACUAGGAAGGUUAGCCUGAGGGACAACAAGCUACCCCCUGUGAAGGUGAAAGACGACCUUUGCCCCCUACCCUCAUCGAGCCCUGCGGGACCACGCUGGUCUUCUGAUCAGAGAAACACACCAAGGCGCUUCCAUGACGCUUCCAUGCUCUUGCUCAACGACUAAGUCGAUGUAAAAUACUUGGCCUCACCUGGGUUGGGUUCCUUAGGGCACAUGAUGGCAAAUGCUUUUACAUGUUUUGCUACGAAAAAUUGCGUUUCUUAAUGGAUAAGGCCGGGUUCCUUGCAUCAGUCCGUUUUCUUCCGUUUGGUGCCUAGUGAAUGUCACCCAGGGUUGUGUUAAGUAGGGAGAAAACAUUUUUAAAUUAAGUGAAACUGGGUAAGGGACUUCCCGGUCUUGUCCAAUGAGAAACACACAUUUGUUUUCCGUUGCAAUUUUUUGUUGUUGCGUGUCCUAAUAAACAUGAUCCAGGGGUAAUAUUUAACUUCAACCCUUUGUCAUAAUGGCUAUGUAACACUGGCCUAAUAAUGACAUAGAAAUAGCGCUAUAAACAGUCCAGAGAAGGCAGGGACAAGGUAAAUUGGUCCUUUGAGGAGCUGUGUUGCACACUGCUGCUCUAGAUCUAGCUAUGCUGUGGCCAGGAUUCAAUCAAAAGUGCAUUGAGAUCACGGUAAACGCAGUGGAUGUCGACUCGAGCGUAAAGUGCAGUGCACUUUUGAUUUGAAAUAACUACCGGAUCCGGUACAUUAAGGUUUUAUUUGUUUUCAUGUUAUUGUAAUUUAUUUGACGUUUAUUCUUAAUAAACAUGUAGCUACAAAAAUAUAAACGCAACAUGCAACAAUAUCAAAGAUUCUAUUGACUUAGUUCAUAUAAGGUCAAUUUAAAUACAUUUGUUAGUUCCUAAUCUAUGGAUUUCACAUGACUGGGAAUACAGAUAUGCAUCGGUUGGUCAUAGAUACCGUUAAAAAAAAGGGGGGGAGUGGAUCAGAAAACCAUUCGGUAUCUGGUGUGAGUUGAUCAGGCUGUCUCGCUCCUCUUCAAUGGCUGUUUCUGGAUAUUGGCAGGAACUGGAACACGUUGUUGUGUACAUGUCAAUCCAGAGCAUCUCAAACAUGCUCGGUGAGUAUGCAGGCCAUGGAAGAACUGUGCAUUAUCAUGCAGAAACGUGAGGUAAUGGUGGCGGAAAAAUGGCACCACAAUGAGCCUCAGGAUCUCAUCAGGGUAUAUCUGCGUUCAAAUUGCCAUUGAUUAAAAAGCAAUUGUGUUCGUUGUCUAUAGCAUAUGCCUGCCCAUACCAUAACCCCACCACCACCAUGGGGCACUCUGUUCACAACGUUGACAGCAAACCGCUCGACCACAUGACACUAUACACGCUGUCUGCCAAAUUCUGUAAAAUAACGUUGGAGACAGCUUAUGUUAGAGAAAUUAACAUUUAAUUCUCUGGCCUCAUCUCUGGUGGUCAUUCCUGCAGUCAGCAUGUGAAUUGCAUGCUCCCUCAACUUGAGACAUCUGUGACAAAACUGCACAUUUAAUCAGCUUCUUGAUAUGCCACACCUCGGGUGGAUGGAUUAUCUUGACAAAUUAGAAAUUCUCACUAACAGGGAUGUAAACACAUUUGUGCACAAAAUUUGAGAGAAAUUGUCUUUUUGUCCGAAUUGAACAUUUCUGGGAUCAGCUCAUGAAACAUAAGACCAACACUUUACAUGUUGCGUUUUAUAUUUUUAAAGUAUAUUUUUAAAAGCACUUUAUUCACAUAAAAUAAACAGUACUCUCCCUAUAGACAGUAUACACCCCACUGUGAGGAUCAGUGGGAAAUGUAUGAUAAGUAACUAAUCUAAAUUCCAGGCUGUAAGGCAACAGUGAAAAGUGUGUAAUUUGGGUGUGUACUUUCUAUAGCCACUGUACUGCAGUAGUUUUAUUUUUGUUGUAGUCCUGUAGUUCUCACUUCUCAGGAUAUCUCAAACAAACUUUCAAAAUGUAUUGUACUAGAGAAGUUCUUGAGACAUACGUUUCUUUUGCUAUGACCAGCAUGUGAAUUAUUAAAUACUUUAACACUGAAAUAUUGUUGAAUGAAAGGAACUUGAUGUAACAUUUAACUUAAAGCCGACAGGUAUAAUACAUUAAGAUGUGGGUGAAAUGGGUUGUAAACUUGUUAUUGAUUUUAUUCAGAUCUCCAUUUGCUUUUGCCAAAGCAGCAGCUAUUCUAUCUGGGGUCCACAAAAAACACUGAUAGACAAGGACAGUCACACUCAUUUAAAAUACAAAAAUAAAUAAUAGUACAAACACUA